AGUGAGUCAACAUUAUCAAUUUUAGACAAUCGAAGAGAUAUAAUUCAGUCUUAAUCUGUGCCGAAUAUUCUCUCGCUAUUCUCUGGUCCUCUUUUCAUUAGAAAUUCCAUCACCAUCACCAAAUUAAAAUUCUUGCUUUUUAUUUUUCUGACUAUACGGAGUAUAUCCGAUCAUGUCGUUACCGACCGAAACGCGAAAUUGGGUCCGCGAUGGAUUUUUAAUAUCGACCGAUAAAACACUUCUCUCGAUCCCCGCGAUCAACGCUGUAUUCGACCAGGAAUAUGUAUACUGGACCACAGCUGUUCCGGAUGAAAUUCUGCAGCAGAUUGUCGACGGCUCAUUUUGCCUCGGUGUAUACAAGACUACUACUCAGAGCACCCAUAGUACCGACCCUGCUGUUUCGGAAACUCACUCGACGACAACCAACGCUGGCGCUUCAGUAUCAACACAUCUAGAGCAGAUUGGAUUUGCGCGCCUCGUCACUGAUAACACUACCAUUGCAUUUCUGACCGACCUUUAUGUACUGCCGGAAUACCAAGGAUUCGGCCUCGGAGGCUGGCUGAUCGAUUGUGUUGAUGAGUUACUAAGUCCAUUACCGUACCUGCGAUGGGCACUGCUGCGCACGUCGAGCCAGAAAAGCAAAGAGUCUUACGAGAAGAGACUAGGUAUGCGUGUGCUUGAUACAGUCGACGUUAGUCAGGGCACCGUCGUGAUGGGAAAGAAGGGCAGAGGAGCAAUGGGUUAAUUCAUCAGCAAUCACUAGCGAGAUUAGAAAUGGUAAUCUUAUUGAUAUCAUUCUCUCAAGGAAAUGCCGUGGGCGAUGAGAGAGAGCGUUCUAAGUUAUGACUGUCGCUGUAUCAUAGAAGUGGUAGAAUUAAUUAAUGCCGCAGAUAAUUUCUUAUUACCUAGGGGUAAAGCCGACAACGGGAUUGGCUGGUCGUGUCACUGGUUCCGGAGAUUGACAAGUCGCCAACUGAAGUAUUCUACCUUAAGUAAGGUAAGUAUUGCCUGCCUUGGUCACACUGGCAGCUGGAUGGUGGAGCCCUACGAGAGAGUUCGGAUGAAAAAUAAAACACCCACGA